CUCGGCGCUUCUGUUUCCUCUGAAGUGUUAGAGACAGCAUGCUUAACUCAAACUGAAUGAUGGAUGAAAUUGGCGCAGAGAAUUUUAAACCGGAUCAUUUGUCUGUAUUAAAGGCUGUAAGCAGUGGUUUCAAAGAUGAACAGUUCAGAUGCAGUGUGGAUGCUACAGUACUCCAGAAUCUCUCUGCGGUUCUCUCACGCCUCUUUCAUAAGCUUCAGGUUUUGAGUGAAGAUGAUCAAGGAGGAACCUCCACAGCUCUAUGUCUGCAGCUUACAGCCGAGUGCCUCAGAGCUCUCAGAAAUGCAUGUGUUCUGUGUCCUCGCAACCAGUGCAUUCUAAGGGAUCAAGGUUGUAUUCAGCUGACACUAGGGAUUCUGGGAGAGCUUCUUAAGUGGAAACCAGCAUCCUCUGAUCACUUUUUUGAUGCACUUCGAUGUGGGAUCCAGUUUCUAGGUAACAUUGCGGUUGGGAACCGGCUCUGCAAAGAUUACAUUUGGGCUCAUGGAUUUCCACACAGAUUUCCGAUUCUCUUGGAACUCAGUGAUGUGAAGGCUGUGGCUUAUACGUCCAUGGUGUUGCACACCUGUCUAGAUGAAGACAAGACUGAGAACCUUGGUACAGAUCAGUGCAAACUGAAAGUGGCACUGAAAAUCAUCGAGCUGUGUAGGACUUUACCUGACAUCGAAUGGACAUUUCAGGGUUGUGCUUUUUUCAAGAUGUACAAGAUGAUGUUUUGCAGAAUGCUGAUUGUCACACAACAUUUUUUCAAAUCAUCUGGGCUCUUUGAAAAGAUGUAUGAGGCGCUGAAUAAUCAAGAAAGGAUUACAUUACUCGAGCUGGUCUCAGCCCAUCUUGGAGAACGUGAAGAUGAAGAAGACGUUAUUCCUCUUAGAACAGCUCAGUUUCUCGCCUCUUGCUUCCAACAGAGCUGUAAGGCUGUUCUUACUCUCAGCUCUGUCUCCUCAUCUGAUGAGCAGGCUCUGGCAGUGAUCAGACUUUUGGAUAUUCUCUGUGACAUGACUUCAGACCAGAGGAAAUUUAUGCCACUGCAGGAUCAUCCAGAUCUUCUCCAGACCACAAUUAAUCUCCUGAAAGAAGUGCACCUGUUGGGAAAGGCCAGUAGAAACGUGUUUAGUGCAGCACAGGAUUUCUCUUUCAAAGCUCAGGGGGAAGAAGGCACUCAUCCUGCACUCAGCUUCAAAGCCCACCUGAUCCGGCUGAUCGGAAACCUGUGCCAUGGUCACUCUGCCAACCAAGACCAGGUCAGAGAGUUGGAUGGUAUUGCUCUCAUUUUGGACAACUGCAGCAUUGACAGCAACAAUCCCUUUAUAAGCCAGUGGGCUGUUUUUGCUAUCCGGAACAUUCUCGAACACAAUGUGGAGAACCAGAAGUUGGUACAGGGCCUGAGAAGACAGGGGGUGGCGGAUGACUCUGUAUUGAGAGAGAUGGGCUUCUGUGUGCAAGAGAGGGACGGCAGCUUGCUCCUCAGACCCCUCAAGAAGGAGAACGAGCAAGGAGAGCAUUAAACCUGGAGCAGCGAGGAUCCCCCUCCCCAAUUUACUCCAUCCACUCCAGCACACUUAAUCACAUUCUGACGAUUUUUUAAGGCACCCACUGAGUCCGUCAUGGACGCAGAAGACACAGAGGGCAUUUUAAUAUCCAAUCAGUAUUAGGAACACAAGGGUGCAGGGAAGCGGAGAGUGGAGUAUAGGGGGGUCCUGCGCUUUGUAAUCUCAGCACAAGAGGAGCUCCAAGGGGCUUUUCUGCACUGACUAAUGCUGAUGCUGUGAUGCAUUUAGUGGCCUUUGAUUCCAGCUUGCGGUGAAUAGGAUUGAAAUCCUUUAAAACAAGGAGACCCAUGUCUUCCUGGCUUUUCAGCCACCAAAGAAACUUGAGUGACCAGUAGGGAAUAGAGGUUAAUCUCUAAUCCACUGAGCUUUAUGGAGACCUGGGGGCCCCCUUGAUCCGCUCAAAUAAGGGUUUUGUACUCAAUAGCCGUGGGACUUGGGUGCCCACUUUGUUUUUGGUUUUGUUUGGGGGGUUUUCGGCCAUGCUUUGGGAAUGUCGCAUUGAUAAGGCAACACGGUUCAGGAACCACUUUUCCCUUUAGGACUGAUUGAAUAGUGUGUGGAGAUUCUCAUUUAUGGGUGUUUUGUCCACAAAUAACAAAAACUGGACCAACCAAAUCCACCAGAGCUUGUGUUUUAGGAUUAGUCAGAGGGAUUAUAUCAGCAAGCGACUGCAUGGUUGUAGGAAGGUCAGUAUUAAAUUAGUAUCUGUAUCGUCAGAUACUCAGAGCUUUAAUAUGAGGGUUCUUCAGAAAGUUUCCGCACUUUUUUAACUCUAUUUAUUUACAAUUUUAAAAACAAAUUAUGUCACUUUUCUACAUAGUCACCUUCCGAUGCAUUUCAUCAGCCAAAAAUGUUUUUGGUUAAAUGUGUAGCCACUGAUGCAUUACUGCUUUCACAUCAUCAUCACAUGAAAAUCAUCUUUCCCUUAAAGCUUCUUUGAGAAGUCCGAAAAGGUGGAAAUCAGAUGUGCUAAAUCCGGACUAUAAGCUCUCUCUCAGUCUCUCAGACACGACCAAUUACUCCUCCUCCCCCCCUCACUGUUUCCAGCCAAAAUAUAAAAGUGCGGAAACUUUUUGAAGAUCUCUCAUAUUUUGAUUGGAACAUUCCUAAAACUUUGUGCCAGCUCAGAAAUAAACUUAUGUUAUUUUUGAUGUCAAAAGAAACAAACUCGACUGUUGUAGUUCACUUUGUAGUUCUACAAUUACUGACUGUAGUCCAUCUGCUUGUCUGCAUGCUUUGUUAGCCCCUUUUAAUGCUGUUCUUCAAUGGUCAGGACCACCACAGAGCAGGUAUUAUUUUGGUGAUGGAUCAUUCUCAACACUGCAGUGACACUGACAUGGUGGUGGUGUGUUAGUGUGUGUUGUGCUGGUAUGAGUGGAUCAGACACAGCAAUGCUGCUGGAGUUAUUAAACACCUCACUGUCACUGCUGGACUGAGAAUAGUCCACCAACCAAAAACAUCCAGGCAACAGCGCCCCGUGGGCAGCGUCCUGUGACCACUGAUGAAGGUCUAGAAGAUGACCAACUCAAACAGCAGCAACAGAUGAGCGAUCGUCUCUGACUUUACCUCUACAAGAUAGACCAACUAGGUGGGAGUGUCUAAUAAUGUGGACAGUGAGUGGACAUGGUAUUUAAAAAUCCCAGCAGUGCUGUUGGGUCUGAUCCACUCAUACCAGCACAAUACACUCUAACACACGUGUCACAGUAAAUGAUGUGUGUGAUGCACUUGCUCCACAUCAUUCAGCAUUAACCAGUGUCACCCAUUGAGUAUUCUUAUGCUCAGUUCCAAGCCCAAGUUACCUCAGGGGACCUUUCAUUGCUCAAAGGACAUGGAAACUGGACUUUUUCCCCACUGGAUACCAGUAGAGCAGCAACCUUUCCCAUUUCUAUAUUAGGGAUGUCAGUGAAUAACAAUUAUGCGAUAACUGAAAGAAGGUUCAAUUAAUGCUGUGAAAUAAAAACAUCAUUUUAAUUGAGACUGCCGCUUUAGUCUGUAUACAGUAAGAACAUAGUUAAGAGUUGUACUGGUUUCAUUUUAAUCUGGAGUGCCAUUAGGUUUUCUUCAGGUACCCAGGGUUCUUGGUGUGACACAUUUGGUUCUUUACUGGUGGCUUAUAAAAACUAUAAUUCCAAUUUCCUAGCACUAACAGUGUUAUUAAUAUGUGUGUUUUUUACCAGCUGAAUUUCUUAUUCAUUUUCAUCCAAAAUAUCCAGUUUUGAGUGGACAGUAUCAUCCGUCUUACGAUCUGACUCCCUGCUGACCCUUUCAUACAUAUCCUCAGACUCGUUCCAAAGUCUGACCUUAGUGCGCCCUUUAAACCAAAUCAGUCAGACCAGAAACAUUAGCUUGCAGGGUGACACAUCGUCUACCCCGACACCAUCAGGAUGAGCUGAGUGUUCCUGACACCGACAUAAUACCCCGGCUUCAGUGGCCUCUCUUCUGCCCGCGACACCCUGUUUGUUCUGCCUCAUAUUUUUUUAAUGAGAAAAUGUUUGUGCGGAACAAUUGAGGUUGACUCUUUUCCCAAUCCGGGCUAUAGUGUGGAGAGCUUACGUUGUUCCGGCAGGCAGCGAUUCAGACAGCUAACAAAACACGGGUGCUUUACUUCUGCUCCGCUGGCUGCCUGCAAUGCUUUUCACUUUCAGGAAAAGAGCGCUGGGUGAGGGAAUAAGGCAGCGGUGAAAGCUAUUCAAAUGUUAGCUGGACGGGACUGGGUGGAGGAAAGGGUUCAGUCAGUGGAGUAGUGCCAUACCAAAAUUGAUCGCACAUUGCUCCAUCAGAGAGGUUGUAAAUAUGGUUAGUGAGCAUAAUGGACCCUUCCAUUAGUAUAUCCUAUAAGGCCAAAGGUAUUUGGACAGCCCUCUUACUCUUUUGGUUUAGGCAUUUCAGCCACAUCCAUUGCUAACAGGUGUAGAAAAUAUGAAAAUAAUAUAAUAAUAAUAUAUAAAUCCAUAUAUAUAUAUAAGUUUCCAACUACAUAAAAGCAAGAGCAUUUUGGGGUUCGGCAUGCUGUCUCUCUGUGCUCAAAGUAAGGCCCUACUGGAGUGAAGCCCUACUGAAUGUCUUUGGAAUGAACUGGAACGUUAGGGCAGCACUGUGGCUCUGAGGAUAGCACUGUCGCCUCAAAGCAAGAAGGUCCCAUUCAAUUCCCAGGUGAAGCGGUCCAGGUCCUUUCUGUGUGGAUUUUGCUCCGGUUUCCUCCCACAGUCCAAAGACAUGCAGUCAGGUUAAUUGAAAAUACAAAAUUGUCCAUGACUGUGUUUGACAUUAAAACUUGAAGUGAUGCCGCUCAGGUGGUGCAGCGGUAAAAAGCUGCAACCAGGGUUGGAUUCUGAGUACGUGGUUUUGAAUCCAGCUUUGCUUCACCGGUUCGAAGCUGAGUGGCUGUAUGAGCAACGAUUGGCCGGUUGCUCAUAUGGGGGGGGGGGGGGUUGCUCACAUGAGUCUUGUGUAACCAGUAUUUACCUGUCCUGUCAUUAAUGUAACCAAAGUGUAUAAAACAUGACGUUAAAAUCCUAAUAAUAAAAUAAAUAAGGAAAUUGGAACGUAAUUGCUAGCCAGUGCAAUUUACCUCAUAGAUGCUAUUUUGACUGAAUGGGCAUAAAUUCCCAGAGACAUUCUCAAAUCAUCUAAAAGGAUUCUGUUAUGGAGUGGAGUUUUGGAGUGGGAUAUGUAACUAGCUCAGGUUUAGGUAUAUACACACUUUUGGCCAUAUAGUAUAAUUACAUUUGGACACAAUUUAAUCAAUUUAAUCAAGGUAAAAUAUGUGUAUGAUGCACAGCGAUGGAUAUGCAUCACAUCUGAAUCAAGGUAAAUGAAUGAAAGGGCUCUAUUGAACACGUUGUAUAUAGUAUGGGCUGAAAAUGUAUGUGAAAUAUUGUACUUAAUAACUAGUAUGUUUACUACUUGAUUUACUUGCUAUUUUGUUUCCUGCUGACAAUAGUCUUGCAACCUUUAGUUUGAAUUUGGUCCCAUCUAGGGCAGCUUGGUGGGUAGCACUGUCGCCUCACAGCAAGAAGGUCCUGGGUUCGAUUCCCAUGUGAAGCGUCCAGGUCCUUUCUGUGUGGAGUUUGCAUGUUCACCCUGUAUCAGUGUGGGUUUUCCUCUCCCACAGUCCAAAGAUAUGCAAGUGAGGUAAUUUGGAGAUACAAAAUUGUACAUGACUGUGUUUGACAUUAAAACCUGAAUGAAGUGAUGAAUCUUGUGUAACCAGUAACUACCUGUCCUGUCAUGAAUUUCUAUAAAUGAAAAAAUAAAUGGUUGCAUCUUUUCACAGAGCAAUGCUGCUGCUGUUGAGAGGUGUGCUUUUGUCUGUGAUUUUGUUUUAUUUUGUUUAUUGUUUUGCAUACAAUAAAAAACCUGACUUUU